AUUUCUCUUUUCCUUUAAUAAGCAUGGAGGGUUGAUUUUCUUCUCAUCUUUAUUUCCUCUGAAAUGCAUGUCAUAACAGUAAGCUCUGAAGACCUACCUUCCCUUUCUUAACUGAGAGGAAAAUCCCGGUUUUAUUUAACCCUGUUGAAUGCAGCCACGUCCGUUCCGUUUCACGUGCAAAACCGCCCAGUGCAUGGUCCAGACAUUGCCUGCUCUCUCGCUUGCACGGCAGCGGUAGAAGAGGUACCCCUUGAAGUCCUUGCUCCCAAGUAGUUGGGGGGUUUCAGCGUCUUCUGCUAACUCUGAAGUAGCACAAGACUCUAAUGCUUCUUCCUGAGUGAGCCAUUGACGUCCCGUGUCAUUAAAAACAACCCGCCCGGUUCCUGUUGCUUUUAGAAGAAUGUAGGACCUGAGCUUUGUCUGCAACUUGGACUAACCUGGCUCUGGUGGAGAGGUCGCUGCAGAGUUCUGAGCAUUGUUACAUAGUCGCCUAGUCACGUGAUGCAUGAUAAGUGGAUAUUACCUGUUCCUGCCUAAUCCACACAGGCAACCGGAGGGCCCAGGCACUUUUUCAAAUCAUAAAAAGAAAAUCAAAUGUUGUGAACAUGGCUGUGGUUUAGCCUGUGACGCUUGUGGUCAGAGGCAACCAUUUGACAUGGCCAGCCCACCCGACGCUGUCGCCUCGCCUCCCCGAGCCUUCUUAAGGUCUGGCUCCGUGUAUGAACCUCUGAAGAGCAUCCACCUUCUGCAGCCCGAUCAUGAGAGUCUGUGGGAGAAGCUGGAUCGUUACUACAGAAUCGUCAAGGCCACGGUGCUACUGUACCAGAGUCCCACCACCGGCCUCUUCCCCACGAAGACCUGCGGUGGGGACCAGCACGCCAAGGUCCAGGACAGCUUGUACUGCGCCGCGGCCGCCUGGGCUGUGGCCCUCGCGUACAGGCGCAUCGACGACGACAAGGGGCGGACCCACGAGCUGGAGCACUCGGCUGUGAAGUGCAUGCGAGGGAUCCUCUACUGCUACAUGCGGCAGGCCGAUAAGGUCCAGCAGUUUAAGCAGGACCCGCGCCCGACAACCUGCCUUCACUCCGUGUUCGACGUGCGCACAGGGGACGAGGUCCUCUCCUACGAGGAGUACGGGCACCUGCAGAUCAACGCCGUGUCCCUCUACCUCCUCUACCUGGUGGAGAUGAUUUCCUCGGGGCUGCAGAUCAUCUACAACACCGACGAGGUCUCUUUUAUUCAAAACCUUGUGUUUUGUGUAGAAAGAGUUUACCGGGUGCCUGACUUCGGGGUCUGGGAAAGAGGGAGCAAAUAUAACAACGGCAGCACAGAGCUGCAUUCGAGCUCGGUUGGCUUAGCAAAAGCAGCUCUAGAAGCAAUUAAUGGAUUCAACCUCUUCGGCAAUCAGGGCUGCUCGUGGUCGGUCAUAUUUGUGGAUCUUGAUGCUCAUAAUCGCAACAGGCAGACUCUGUGCUCCCUGCUACCCCGGGAAUCACGAUCUCACAACACGGACGCCGCCCUGCUCCCCUGCAUCAGCUACCCUGCCUUCGCGCUGGAUGAUGAAGCUCUGUUCAGCCAGACCCUCGACAAAGUGGUUAGGAAGCUGAAAGGGAAAUACGGCUUCAAGCGUUUCCUGAGAGACGGGUACCGGACAUCCCUGGAGGACCCCAACAGACGCUACUACAAGCCGGCUGAGAUUAAGCUGUUUGAUGGCAUCGAGUGUGAAUUCCCCAUAUUCUUCCUGUACAUGAUCAUUGACGGGGUUUUCCGAGGCCACGCCGCGCAGGUGAAGGAGUACCAGGACCUGCUGGCGCCCGUGCUCCACCGGACCACGGAAGGCUACCCCGUCGUCCCCAAGUACUAUUACGUGCCGGCCGACUUCGUAGAGCAUGAAAAGAGAAACCCCGGCAGCCAGAAGCGGUUUCCUAGCAACUGUGGCCGGGACGGGAAGCUGUUCCUCUGGGGACAAGCCCUGUUCAUCAUCACAAAACUGCUGACGGAUGAGUUGAUCAGUCCUAAAGACAUCGAUCCUAUCCAGCGCUACGUCCCGCUACAGAGCCAGCGAAACGUGAGCAUGAGGUUUUCCAACCAGGGCCCCCUGGAGAAUGACCUGGUGGUCCACGUGGCGCUCAUAGCGGAAAGCCAGCGCCUCCAGGUUUUCCUCAACACGUACGGGAUCCAGACGCAGACGCCCCAGCAGGUGGAGCCCAUUCAGAUCUGGGCGCAGCAGGAGCUGGUGAAGGCCUACUUCCACCUGGGCGUCAACGAGAAGCUGGGGCUCUCGGGGCGGCCGGACAGGCCCAUUGGCUGCCUCGGCACGUCCAAGAUUUACCGCAUUCUGGGGAAGACGGUGGUGUGCUACCCCAUCAUCUUCGACCUGAGUGACUUCUACAUGUCCCAGGACGUCCUGCUGCUGAUCGAUGACAUAAAGAACGCGCUGCAGUUCAUCCGGCAGUACUGGAAGAUGCACGGGCGGCCCCUCUUCCUCGUGCUCGUCCGGGAAGACAACAUCAGGGGCAGCCGGUUCAACCCCGUGUUGGAUAUGCUGGCGGCCUUUAAGAAGGGCGUGGUCGGAGGGGUGAAAGUGCACGUGGACCGCCUGCAGACGCUGAUAUCGGGAGCGGUGGUGGAGCAGCUGGACUUCCUGCGCAUCAGCGACACGGAGGAGCUUCCGGAAUUUAAGAGUUUCGAGGAACUAGAGCUCCCCAAACAUUCAAAAGUCAAACGGCAGAGCAGCGCCUCCCAGGCCACGGAGCUGGAACUGCAGCCCGACGUCAGCCUGGCCGAGUGGAGGGCCAGGCCCACCCAGGACAUUCUGCAGAAGCUGGAGGACUGCAGCGGCCUGGCCAGCCAGGUCAUCCUGCUGGGCAUCCUGCUCAAGAGGGAAGGGCCCACCUUCAUCACCAAGGAAGGUACCGUUUCCGAUCACAUCGAGAGAGUCUACAGGAAAGCCGGCAGCAAGAAGCUCUGGUCGGUGGUGCGCCACGCAGCAAGCCUUUUAAGUAAAGUAGUGGACAGCCUGGCCCCGUCCAUUACUAAUGUGUUAGUACAGGGCAAGCAGGUCACGCUGGGCGCCUUCGGGCACGAGGAGGAGGUGAUCUCCAACCCGCUGUCCCCGCGGGUGAUCAAGGACAUCAUCUACAAGUGCAACACCCACGACGAGCGGGAGGCGGUCAUCCAGCAGGAGCUGGUCAUCCACGUCGGCUGGGCCAUCGCCAACAGCCCCGAGCUGUUCAGCGGCAUGCUCAAGAUCCGCGUGGGGUGGAUCAUCCACGCCAUGGAGUACGAGCUGCAGAUCCGGGCCGGCGACCAGGCCGCCGUGGACCUGUACCAGCUGUCGCCCAGCGCCGUCAAACAGCUCCUCAUGGACAUUCUGCAGCCACAGCAGAACGGACGAUCUUGGCUGAACAGGCGUCAGAUCAACGGGUGUCUGAACAGAACGCCCGCCGGGUUCUACGACCGCGUGUGGCAGAUCCUGGAGCGCACGCCCAACGGCAUCGUUGUCGCGGGGAAGCACCUGCCGCAGCAACCCACCCUGUCGGACAUGACCAUGUACGAGAUGAACUUCUCGCUCCUCGUGGAAGACAUGCUGGGCAACAUCGACCAGCCCAAGUACAGGCAGAUCAUCGUGGAGCUGCUGAUGGUCGUGUCCGUUGUCCUGGAAAGGAACCCCGAGCUCGAGUUUCAGGACAAAGUUGACCUGGACAAACUGGUGAGAGAAGCGUUUCAGGAAUUUCAGAAAGACGAGAGUCAGCUCAAGGGCGUUGAAAAUCAAGACCACCUGACUUCCUUCUACAACACGCCCCCGCUGGGCCGGCGCGGGACCUGCAGCUACCUGACCAAGGUGGUGAUGAACCUGCUGCUGGCCGGCGAGGUCAAGCCCGGCGGCGACGACCCCUGUCUGGUCAGCUAGUGAGGAGGCGUGGGGGGCCCCGGGAGACACGCGUUCGAGGAGCGGGUUAGCUUCUGCCUGGAUGCGGAGUCCAGGCGGCCACUACCGAGUGCACUGACCCCGCUGGGGCGGCACAGCCCGCCUCCCACAGUGACUGGGCCUCUUGCUGCCACCGCCACGCGGAUGGUAGGACAUGCUGUCAGGCAAGCGAAAAACGUCCUGGUGAUCACGCCAACUAGUCGUGAUCUUUACUGAACGGUCGGAAUAGUCGACGAUGGCAGGUUCACCACUGCAUGCUCUGCGAUCAGUAGCUCAUCAGAAGUAAUCAGCGCUUCCCCACUUGCCGCCACUAAAGUGUGUGCCACGCGGCGCUGGGACGGAAGCUGCCGGAGCAGCGCUGCUCAGUGGCGCGCCACGCCUGCCGGGAUUCACACGCAUCGUCAGGCCCGCGGCCAGCUGACGUGUGAUGUUCGGGAGCUGCAGUAUCGGUAACACGGUAGCAUAGAGCUGCGCCACAGUUUUCACCUUGGAAAUGUGACGAUGGUUUUGUAUUUGUCCCAGCGGUAGCGGUUGGACUAAAAUACAGUGAUAAAUCUGAUCAAACGUGUGUAAUACUUGAAUAUUUGUAUUGCAAACACUGAUCAUGCCUGAUGAAACAUUUUUUUGAGCUCUUGCUAAAGAGAGGGCAUGUGUAAGAUUAUUGAGAAGUAUGGGUGGUUAACCUAGUUUGUAUUAGUAAAAAUGAAAUUAAAUAUGACUGAAUUUUAUUUCUGAA